AUGCUCAGACCGGCUGACCUGAAGCUGUGCGGCACCGCCCUCCUGCUGGUCCUGGGCGUGCUCGCCAACGUCUUCAACCUGGGCGUCAUGCUGGUGCAGCAGUGGAGGUCCGGAGGUGUGAAAACGGUGGCCACCAUCAUCUGCUUCAUCUCGCUGGGGAACGUCCUGCUGCAGAUCUCCACCUUCAUCCUGGUGGCAUCCCUCUGGGCCGGCGUGCUCUGUGGGUCGGACUUACCUUUCCUCUUCUGCGUGGUCGUGGUGGUCUGGCUCAGCAGCAGCUCCGUCAGCUUCUGGUCCGUGGCGUGGCUGGGCGUCUUCUACUGCAUGAGAGUUUUAAGCUUCUCCUCAGCUCUCUUCAGGGCUCUGAAGAAGAACAUCUCCUCCAUCCUGACCUUCGCGCUGUGUUUGACCUUACUGACCUCCUGUGUCAUGUUCACGCCUUUCUUCUACCUCCACUUCCAGAACCAGACUCUGCUCCCAAACACGACUGAAGGAUGUCUGAUCAGGAAGCCUCUCUUUCCAGCCUGGAUUAACGUCAACCUCUAUGUCAUGGUCUUCAUCUGCUACCUCACCCUGCUGCCACCGACCGUCAUGCUGCCCACGUCUCUGCGGCUGGUCGUCUUCCUCUGCAGACACACCUGGACCCUGCAGAGGAAGCACAACAGCUCUGCAGAGUCCUACCUGCUGGUCUGCAGGCUGACCGUGGCUCUGGUCUGGGUUUACCUCGCCACGCUGCUCACCAUCUCGCUCUACUACUUCCACGCCAUCUUUGCCUCGGGGCUGAGCGCCGACGUGCUCUUCCUCUGCUUGUCAUUUUACUGCGUGGCCUCCGCGGUCCUCCUCACCGGCUCCAACAGAAACCUGAGAGAGAAGCUGGCGGCGCUGCUCUGCAGAAAGAAACGGCCGACAGAGGGCGCUGCAGAGAAACGGGGAGGAAACGUUUGUCUAGAUCUGACUCAGGCAGAAAAUGUUCUGCUUUAG